AUGUACAGUGUUCUAUUUGCUAUUAUUAUUUUAUCAUGUUCAGCACUCACUACUGCUUCUGAUGAUAUUUUAUUACAAUUAAACGAUGAAAUUAACAAUUUUGAAGCAUUUGGUAAUAAAUUAGCAACAAAUAAUAUUCUUACAGUUACAGCCGAUAAUAAUAAUAAUUAUUUUGAAAUUAAUUUUUCACCAUACAAUCAAUGGAUCUAUGGUUUACCUUGUCAAUUUUUGUAUUAUAAUACAACAUCUGAUUUUAUCUAUAAUGUUGCUAUUGGUAAGAAACAAAAUCAAACUCAACAAUAUUUUGUUUUUGGUGGUUUUAAUACUAUGAAUGAUGCCACAUUUAUUGGUAUAUUAAAUUAUACAAAUAUAACUGCAUCCAUGUUUCUUGAACUUAAUUUAUAUAAAUAUUUUUGUACAGAAUUUCAAUAUAAAAUUCAUUUUUUUCCAGAAUUAGAUUUUACUGGAAAUUAUAUUGUUGGUAUAGAUCCGUUUGGACAAUAUGCAUUUGGAUUUAGAAGAGAUAUAAUCAUUAUUUAUAAUAUAUUGCAUGAUAGUGUAAAAACACAAACAUGGUCUAAUAAUUUUAUACCAUUUGCAGUAGAUUUUCAUCUAAAUUUCGGUGUUAUAACAGGUUAUAUUGAUACAACUGGCAAUUCUUCAUAUCAACCUUGUGUACGUUUAUUUACAUAUAAUUCAUCUGGUAUAUUUAUUUUAGAUCAAUGGUGUUAUUCACCAUCUUCAGAUAGUUGGGAAGCAUCUAUAACAUAUUAUUGUGUCGAUUUUUAUGUUGAUGGUGCAUGUCAACAAUCUAUUAGUAUCAAUGAUGAUGGACAAAUAUUAUUUGGUAUGCCAUUAGCUAGUACCGUCAUUUUACUUUAUGUUGAUCCAUUAUAUCUUCAACAAGGACUUUUACAUGUUAAAAGUGAAAGUAAGGGACAGAAAAAUGUUGGCUACGGAAAAUCUGUUGCCUGGUUAAACAAUAACUACUCAGCUAUUCUAUACAACAUUUAUACUUCAUCGUAUCAAUGGGUAUCAUCUCAAAUUUAUCUCUAUAAUAAUUUUCAAAUAUCAACAACAAAUCCAAUUUCAAUAUUACCGAAUUAUCAACAACCAUUGAUAUCAAAUAUGGAUCCAUCAUUAAUUUUUAUUACAUAUAAUCAAUUUGGAUUAGUCAUAAUUGAUAUAAAGGGAAUGUCAUCAAUUAUUUUCUACACUCAACCUGGUUUUUAUUCUCAAUUUUAUGCUCUUAAUCAAGAUGCCGUUCCACGCAACUGUUCCUUUGGUAUGUAUAAAAAUAUGAGUGGAAUUCACUCAUGUGAUCUAUGUUUAUCUGGAACAAAAGCGUCUGGUUAUGAUCGAACUAAUUGUGUUGAAUGUCAAUCACCAAUAAAUUGUCCAACAUUAGGUUCAAUUACAGAAAUUGAUUAUACACAAUAUUCUAAAUUAACACAAGUACAAGCAUAUCCACGAUCACCUGAAUCAACAAUAUUUGAUGAUAUUCUAUUUGGUAAUAUAUUUCGUAUUGGUUCAUCUUAUCAUUGUAUUGUUAUAUCACCACUCUUUUGGUCAUUAAUGUUUAUUAUACUUGCCAUUAUUAUACUUAUACUUAUGACAUUUUCUAAAUAUUAUACAAAACAACCACAUAUUUUAAAAACACGUUUAUAUUUAGAAAAUUUUUUUAAAUAUAUUGAUUUAGUAACAGAAGGUAAAGUUGUACCAAUUGGUGGUUUAAUAACAUGUGCAUUAUUAAUUAUACUUUGUUAUUCAUACUAUUUUACUGGAGAAUAUGUUGAUACAUAUCCAAUUGAACGAGCAAAACCAUCUACAUAUGCUUGUAGUUUAUCAUUAUCUAAUUCUAAAUUUUCAUCUAAUUUACAAUCAUUGGGUAUACCAUUAAUUGAAGAAGAACAACAUUUAUUUGAUCUAUUAACGGAGCAAAAAUUUCAAUUAAAUCUUGAUUUAAUUAAUACAUUAUUUAUAUGUGAUGAUAUUAAAAUUGCACAAAUUAAAGGAAAUAAUCAAAUUUUAUUACCUAUAGCUAGUUGUGUGUAUAAAAAAGGAAUUAUUUCACUAUCUGUUUUAUUACCAUCACAACGUAUGACUUUACAAUUGAUACUUGAUGGUAGUUAUACAAUUGGAGGACUUCGAAUAGGAUUACAAUCAGAUGAAAUAGUAUCGGAUGAUGAAUUAUAUAAAGUUUUAUAUUUAAAAUUUUAUGAAUUAUUUGUUCAACAAGAUCAUAUAUUAUCACAAGCAAUUAAUAUUGAAUUACAAUUAACAAAAAUAAUGAAUGAAACAGAACCAUUAUAUGAUCAUUAUAAGACGGAAUUUAGUGGCCUAUGGUUACCAACAUUUAUAUUUGAUACUGAUCAAAUGUAUCUUACACAAAAUGAUUAUAUUAAUUUAAAAUCUUUAUCAACAAUAAUUCAAAUUAUUUUAACUGAAACAACAUAUUAUAUUAAAAAUGAACAAAAACCAAUUGUUAAACGUGGUGAAGCUAUUUUUAAAAAUUUACUUAUUACAAUUGUUUGUUUAGAAAUAUUUGGUUUAUUAUGUCUUAUAUUUAAACUUAUAUUAAUUCCAUUAUCAAAUAUAAUUAGUGGAGAUAAAACAACAUCAAAAACUGAGAAACAUAAAAUAAAACAAAUGAGAUUAUCAGAUAAAAAUAGUGAAUUAUCAACAAUAACAAUGGAUAGAUUCUAG